AUGGACGAACAGAUCACCACCUUCGUCGCAUUCACAGGCGCAUCGACAGAGCAAGCACAGCGAUAUCUGCAACUCGCAGACGGCAACGUAGAGGCUGCUGCUGGUCUCUUCUUUGAGAACCCCGACCUUGGCAACGCAUCUGCCGCCCCAGCACCUUCCGCGCCUUCAGCUUCGAAUCGCGAGCCACCCAUCACUAUCGAUAGCGACGAUGAUCUGGAUUUGGAUGCCGAUGACGUGCAAGAGACGGGCAGUAGACCUGCACAGCGAGGCGGACCAUCAGUGGAGGAUGACGAGGCCAUGGCUAGACGCCUACAGCAAGAGAUGUACGGUGGCGGUGGCAGCGGAGGUGCAGGCGGUGCCGGACUCGAUGAGGAUGAGGUCAGAGCACCGAUGGCACGCACAACAGAGACACUCGUCGGCCCUGGAAGCUACGACUUCAGAAGCGAUCCUGGUGAGAUGAAUGCUGCGAUAGCGCAGCAGAUGUUCAAUCGUCAGAAUCGUCAGAACAUUGCACGUGGUGGUGGGCAAGCGGGCAUCUUCAAUCAGCGCUCGUCGGCAGCAAUCUGGAACGGUGACGACCCCGGCGAUGCAGAAGCUCACCGACAAACUCUUCACCGGGCGACUAAUGGUGCCUCCAGUGCAUCAAGCAAAGCAAACCACCUCGCAGAGCUGUUCAGACCCCCCUUCGAUCUGAUCGCCGGCUUCUCCUUCUCCGACGCGAGAGAUGAAGGCAAGGAGAACGAGAAGUGGAUAAUGGUCAAUGUGCAAGAUCCGUCAAUUUUCGACUGCCAGGUGCUCAACCGCGAUCUCUGGAAAGACGACAGAAUCCGCGAGACGAUCAAGGAGCACUUUCUAUUCCUGCAGUACAACAAGGAUGACCCGCGUGGACAAGAGUACGUGCAGUACUACUUCGCUAACAUGCGAGACUCUGACGAUGCAUACCCGCAUAUCGCAAUUAUCGAUCCACGCACAGGUGAGCAGGUCAAGACUUGGAGUGGUAGCCCCAGUCCCAAGCCAUCCGACUUCCUGAUGGAUCUCCACGAAUUCCUCGACCGAUACAGCUUGAAGAUGGAGAAGAAGAACCCGGUGCAGAAGCAGAGAAAGGAGAGCAAGAAGGAUGUGGCCGCCAUGAGCGAGGAAGAGAUGCUUGAGAUGGCUAUGCAGGCCAGCAUGGCGAAUGGACCCAGCGCGGCACCGAAGGAGGACGACCCCGACGCUCUGACUAAGAGUGUUGAGUUCAGUGGAAAGGGCAAGGCACCAGCUGGGACAGAAGACGCUAUGGACGUUGAGCCAAGUGCAGCUGUCAACCCAGAGAAGAAGGACACGCCUUUCUCACGCAUCUCCUCUACGAACGCACACGAAGAACCCGCCAGCGACCCAGUAACGACCACGAGGAUCCAGUUCCGGCACCCUGGCGGCCGUAUCGUGCGACGUUUCAACGUGACAGACCCUGUGCGCCGUCUAUACGAGUGGCUCAAGGUCUCGCCGUUUGAAGGUCACGAAGGCGAAGACUUCCAGCUCAUCGCAAUGGGGAAGAACCUCAUCGAAUCGCUGGACGCAACAAUCGCCGACGCAAACCUCAAGCAAGGAACAGUCAUGGUGGAGUUCAUCGACGAUGAGUAG